CUUCCGGUCUCGGGGCUGCCGGGAGCGUAGGGACCCGCCAUGGAGCGGCCCGCGAUCCGCCUGCCCUCAGGCCAGUGCCUGCGGGAGCGUUUCCCAGCUGACAGCUCUCUGCAGCACGUCACGCAGCGCCUCUCGACUCUGCACCCCGACCUGCUGCCGUUCACACUCCUUCAGGCACCCUGGGCACCCUGCUGCCCCCUCAGCACCGUCCUGUGCCCCCCAUUGCCCCCAGGCACCACUCCGUGCUCCCUCCCAGCACCGCCCCAGGCAUGCUGCUGUCCCCUAGCACUGCCCUGUGCCACCCUCCCCGAGCACCCCACUGCCCCCGGACACCACCCCAUAACUGCCCAGGCACCCCACUACCCCCCGAGCACUGUCCUGUGCCCUCCCAGGCACCCCGCUGCCCCCAAGCACUGUGUUGUGCCCCACACCCCACUACCCCCCCCCCCAGCGCUGUCCCGGCACCCCGCUGCCCCCGUCCCAGGCGCUUGGCGAGCCAUGACCCAUCUGUGCUGUUUCCCCAGACUCUGGGCGACCUGCUCCUGGCGCUCACCGAGAUGGGAUUCACCGAAGGGCAGGCACACGCAGCCAUCCAGGCCGGCUCCCUCAGCCUGCAGGAGGCCACAGAAUGGUUACUUCAGGAGAGGGGGCAGCGGCUCCAGACAGCGCCCCCUGAAGAGCCAGGAGGAGCAAUUGCAGCUUUCAACCUUCCCAAGCUCCAGGAGGUGCCUUUGGGGUCAGAGGCACCCCGUGCCGAGCCCCGCUUGCCAGGUGCAUGCCCCCCUGCCCCGCUUGGCCCCUCUUCUUGGCAGGCGACCGAGGGGGCGGCUCCAUCACUCUCUCUCUCUGCGCCCCGGGGGCCUAGCUCCCCCGGGUGGCCAGGGGCUGAGGCUGGGCACAGCUGCAAGAUGAAGGCAAGCCGAAAGGAGUUGGAAGAGCAGCAGCGGGAACGCCUGGCUCAGGAGGCAAAAGCCGAGAAACAGAACAAGCAGAAGGAGCGCGAGCUGGUGCUGCGGAGAAUCGCUGACGACCGGAGACGCUUCCAGGCAAAGACCCAGUGGGCCCAGAUGCCGGCCCCCCCGGCUGCCCAGGGCCACAGGCCGGAGGGCAGAGCCCAGCUGGCGAGUGACGGGCAGUGCCUGCUGAUGAUCCGCCUGCCCUCAGGCCAGUGCCUGCGGGAGCGUUUCCCAGCUGACUGCCCUCUGCAGCACGUCACGCAGCGCCUCUCGACUCUGCACCCCGACCUGCUGCCGUUCACACUCCUUCAGGGCUUCCCCAAGCGCCGCUUCGGCCCGGCUGAGCUGCCCUGCAGUCUGCAAGCUCUGGGCCUGACCCCCAGCGCCACCCUGUGCGUCCUGGCCACCAAGCCGCUCCCGUCAGGCACCUGCGCCCUGGCAGCCCCCCAGGCCAGAGAUGGACCCCUGCAGCCCCCUGGGCCUCAGGCAUUGCCCGUGGAGGAGCACGCCUGGGGCAGGGGCGAGAUCCUGAGCCUCAUGCCGGAAGAGGCCAUGGCCGAAGGGAUGUUCCCAGAUGCCGAGGAGCUUCGGCUGGCGCUGAGCUCCCCUGCGCGCAGGGUGGUGCCAGGGAAACCCGGGGUCCAUGGCCUUUGGGAGUCGACCUCCCCAUCGCACCAUCACUGGGGCCAAGGACAACGGCUGACGCUAGGAAAUCCAGAGCAAGCACCCACUGUGUGCAGCCCGCUGGACGAGGAGCUGUCCCCCCGAGGCUCAGGGCCGGCUCCUUUGCUGCCAUCUCCGAGCCGGGGCCCGAUGGAGCCGCAGCACCAGUGGCCGGCAGAGGGCAACAGGCUCAGGGCUGCAGACGAUGGGCGUGGUGUGGGCCCCUCGGACCUGCCGGGCGCCGUGGCCCAGGCAGCGGAGCAGCGCUUCCACAAUGCCUUGCGGGGCCAAGAGGAGCCAGCCCCACCCCCAGGGCACAAGAACCCCCCCCGCCUCUCCCACGUGCCUUCGCUCUUCCAAAUGGCCCUGCGGGCGGCCAUGGCCCUCCUGACAGCACCCCGAAAGCAGUACUGCAGCAGCCUGGCCUCCCUGACGCCCCCGCUGGCUGAGCGCAUCCUGGCCUGCAUGAUCCACCACAGGCUGCUGCGCCCCAAGACCCUGGAGCUCUUCUUUGGCUGCCAGAUACAGACCCUGGUCCUCAACUGUUACGCCUACGCCACCAACGAGCUGCUGCGGCAGCUGCGGGCCUUCCAGAGCCUGCGGCACCUCAGCCUGGUCUCCUGCGCCCUGCUCACCGACCAGGGGCUGUCCGUGGUGAGACACCUGCAGAGACUUCAGCACCUCAACCUCUCAGCCUGUGUCAAGCUCACAGAUGCCUGCCUGCACUUUAUUAAAGGGCUCCCGCACCUCUCGCACCUGGCUCUGGACCAGACCAAAAUCAGCGACUGCGGCAUGGUGGAUUUCCUGCACUCGGGUCCCUCCGCGCUCAGCCACCUGCUCCUCAACAGGACGGCGAUCACAGAGAGCACGCUGCGCCUGCUGCCCCAGUACGCGCCCCACCUGGCGCUGCUCAGCCUCCAGCAGACCGAGAUCUCGGAUUUCUCUGCCCUGCAGCAGCUGAGCCGCCUGCACACGCUGCACCUGGACGACACCCGCGUGAGCCAAGCCUCCCUGGCGGCCCUGGCCUCCCACCCUGCCCUCUCUACGCUCACCCUGUCUGGAGUGCAGUCCGUGGAUGGCGACCUGGCGCUGCAGCUGGUCUCAGGCCUGCCACUGGCCCAGCUGAGCCUGCCAAGCCGGCACACAGUCACCGACUCCGGCCUGCAGUUCCUAUGCCGCCUGGAGGGGCUGCUGGAGCUAGACCUGACCGAUUUCACCCACAUCACUGACGAGGGGCUGCGCCAUCUGCCCCAGCUGCACAGGCUGCGGCGGCUCUCCCUCUGCAACACUCUGGUGAGUGACUCCGGGCUGCAGCACCUGCAGGGCCUGCAGCACCUCGAGGAGCUGUGCCUGGACCGCACUGCUGUCUCCAGCGCAGGUGCUGGGCCUGGCGAGCACGCCCGUGGGAGACAGCGUGGUGAGGCUGGGUAUCAGCCGCUGCAAACAGCUCCACAAGGUGAACCUGAGCCGCACGCGUGUCACCGACCGAGGGCUGCGUUACCUCCGCCAAGUGCCCAUCGCUCAGGUGAACCUGGAUGGCUCCGGGGUGACGGCAGCCGGUGUGGCCAGCCUCCUGGCUGCCUGCCCCAGCAUUGUCAGCAUCCGAGCCAGCCACCUGCAGGCGUUGUCCCCCGAGCAGCUGUCGGACGAGGAGCUCCCCAGUUAGCCCUGGCGGCUCCUCCCCAUCGCAGUCCCCAGGGCCGGCCUGCCUGCUCUGCAGGGCUCAGCAUCCCAGCCUGGCGGGGCGGGGUGGGGCGGUGGAGACAGGCUCCUCCCACAGCCCCCCGGGCGCGCAAUGUCCUGCCGCAGGCUGAGGGGGCCAGUUUGGGGGUGCUGAAUAAAGCAGGAUCCUCUGGCUGAAUUCUCCUCCUGUACCCAGGGAGAGGCAUUGCUGCCCCAGUCAGCUUCAGACACCCGCCAGUGGGGGGAGCCCUACGGAAUGGCCCCUCUACAAACCUUGUUCCCCGACCUUGGGCCCCACAGAGCCCCCCCCCCCCCCCCCCGGGCUGCCUGGUGCAAGCAGGGCCUGAGCACUGUCAGAGGGGGUUCAACCCAUGAUAACAAACCCCUUCUGCAGCCCACAGGGGCCCAGCUUGCAGGGACACUCAGCCCCUCCCCCAGGAGUUAACCCCUCUGGGCCAUGAGGCUGCCCGCGCCGGGGCGGGCAGGAGGGGAGCAGGUCGGUGCCAAGGGAGCCAGGCCGGAGGCGUGCGAGAGUGAAGAGGGGACGCCAGCCUCUGUAGGAGCAGGAGGGAGACAUGCAUUUCCCUGCCUUGCCUGGCUGAAGCUAUGGGGGCCCUGUGCCUGCCCAGGGCUGAGACUAGGGGAGCCCCGUUCCCAAGGGGGCUCUGUGCCCCCCCGGGGCUGAGACAAAGGGAGCCCCGUCCCCGCCCGGGGCUGAGACUAGGGGAUCCCUGUCCCCACAGGGGCUCCGUGCCCCCCCCAGGGCUGAGACUAGGGGAGCCCCGUCCCCAAGGGGGCUCUGUGCCCCCCCCCGGGGCUGAGACAAAAGGAGCCCCGUCCUUGCCCGGGGCUGAGACUAGGGGAGCCCUGUCCUCACGAGGUCUCUGUGCCCACUCAGGCCUGAGACAAGGGGAGCCCUGGCCCCAGCCCUGAAGGUGGUGACAUGUUGAGUCCCAGUUCCCUGGGGCUCAUAGUGGGGGCAGCAAUAUCCCAGGCCAGCUUGGCCUCCCCCCAGAGGGUUCCCACUUCCCAGGCCGGGCACCUGCCCCUCCCUCGUUGCAGACAAUGGGGCAGCCUGUGUCCUGCAGGUCAGUGUUGUGCUCCCUGGGUACCCAGCCUUGAGAGGCACCACUCCACCACCUGUCGUUGGCGUCAAGGGAUCAGGUCUGGGCCUGCUGUGGCUUGGCUCCCUGGACCCACCAGCCUCUAGCAGGGCCCGCCCUGCCCUCCAGGCCCCCACAGGCCUCAUCCUCUGUACAGGCGGCGAUAGGUGAUUCGAGACUCCAAGCCCUGGGAGUUUCUCUGCGGUGCACUGAUCUCCGAUCCCCAGGCCUGCUGCUCCCAACGGCACAGAUCACACCAGAGGGGAGGAGUCGGCUCCGGCCCGGGCCCAGCUCAGCUGUCAGCACUGAGAUAUAUUGAUAGUGAAAACAAGAUGCAGGGGACCCUGAGGACGAACGUUGGAAACAAACGGUUACAUAUAAAACAAAAUGAUAACUCGCUGCCUAGAGGCUGAACCUAACGAACA